AUGUCCUGCUAUGACCUGUGCUUCGGUGCUGGCGGCGUCCUCCGGCCCCAGCCCCUGGCUGACAGCGGGAACGAGCCGUGCGUCCGUCAGUGCCCCGACUCCACCACCGUGAUCCAGCCUCCCGCCGUGGUGGUCACCUUCCCUGGCCCCAUCCUCAGCUCCUUCCCCCAGGAUUCUGUGGUGGGAUCUGCUGGAGCUCCCGUCCUCGCCGCCUCUGGGGCCUCCGGGGGCUAUGGAGGAUUUGGCUCUGGGGGUUAUGGGGGAUUUGGCUUUGGUGGCUAUGGGGGUUACGGAUCCCUGGGCUAUGGGGGUCUGUGGGGCUAUGGGGGCUCCUCGCUGGGCUUUGGGGGUCUGGGUUCCUGUGGGGGCUCCUCCCUGGGUUACCGGGGUCUGUAUGGCUUUGGGAGAUCCUUUGGCUCCUGCGGCUCUCGGUCCUCCCGCUUCGGCCGCUACCGCCGUGGCAGCUGCGGCUCCUGCUAA